CGUCCGAGUUUCCUCCCAAGUGUCUGCGAUUGAGUGACUCAGACCUCAAUUGGAUGAGUCUUAAGUGAAUGCGAUCCUUCUGCAGCUUCGCACGAACUGCACGCACUCGACAAACGUUCUCGAAAAGAAUUACCGCACGAAGCUUUUCAGCAACCACACAAGUUAACAAAUAUCAACUACCCAAAUUCCAAAACAAGAAGGAGCCCACCAUGUCGACCACCACUUUAAAGGGCCAGCCCCUCGAUCGCCCAGUCAUGGACUCCAUGCUGCGGCGGCGCAUGUUCUACACUCCCUCGUUCGAAAUCUACGGCGGUGUUGCUGGCUUGUAUGAUUACGGCCCUCCUGGUUGUGCUCUGCUGUCCAACAUUAUUGAUACAUGGCGCAAACACUUCGUCUUGGAGGAGGAUAUGUUGGAGGUGGAUUGCCCGGCUCUCACACCUGCUGAAGUCUUGAAGACAAGUGGGCACGUGGACAAGUUUGCGGAUUGGAUGUGCAAAGACCCAAAGAACGGCGAUAUUAUUCGGGCAGAUCACUUCGUUGAGGAGAUCCUCGAGGCACGGCUGAAGGGCGAUAAGGAGGCAAGAGGUGUUAAAGUCGAGGAGAAGGAAGAGGACCCCAAAAAGAAAAAGAAGAAGGUCAAAGGCACUGAGGCUAUCAAGCUUGAUGACGCGGUUGUCAAGGAGUAUGAGGAAAUCUUGGCCAAGAUUGACAACUAUGGUGGUCCCGAGUUGGGUGAGCUGAUCACCAAAUAUGAUCUGAAGAACCCCGCUACUGGUGUCCUCCCUACCCCACCUGUAGCUUUCAACCUCAUGUUCCAGACAGCUAUUGGCCCAAGCAGUAACUUGCCUGGUUACCUCAGACCUGAGACUGCACAAGGCCAAUUCGUCAACUUUGCAAAACUCCUCGACUUCAAUCAACAACAAAUGCCAUUCGCUUCUGCUUCUAUCGGCAAGUCCUAUCGAAAUGAGAUCUCGCCUCGGUCUGGUCUCCUUCGUGUCCGUGAAUUCUUGAUGGCUGAGAUUGAGCAUUAUGUCGAUCCUCAAGGUGGCAAGCAACAUCAUCGAUUUGACGAGGUCAAGGAUGUGGAGCUUGUGCUUUUGAACCGUCACACGCAACUGGCUGGUCAAACACAUGUCCAGAAGGUAGCCAUUGGUAAAGCUGUUGCUGAUGGCACUGUGGACAAUGAGACCCUGGGCUACUUUUUGGCUCGAAUUCAUCUGUUCUUGGAGAAGAUCGGUGUUGACCAAACCAAGAUCCGCUUCAGACAACACAUGGCAAAUGAGAUGGCACAUUACGCAGCCGAUUGUUGGGAUGCUGAGCUUCUGACCAGCUACGGCUGGAUUGAGUGUGUUGGUUGUGCAGACAGAAGCGCAUAUGAUCUUACAGUCCACGCAAAGAAGACUGGUGCCUCAUUAAUGGUUAGAGAGAGACUCGCUCAACCUAUCACCGUCGAGGAAUGGCAAGUGGAACUGGACAAAAAGAAAUUCGGUCCUCAUUUCAAGAAGGAUGGCAAGACAAUCGAGGCUGCUGUUGAGGCGCUGACUCAAGAACAACGAGAAGCCCUAGCUCAAGAUCUGAAGGCCGAUGGUAAAAUCACCGUUGACGUUGAAGGUGUUGGGAAUGGCAAGGUUGAGAUCAGCAAGGAUCUGAUCACUAUUGAACGCCGAACACGAACGGAGAACACACGAGAGUACACGCCUAAUGUCAUCGAGCCAUCGUUCGGUAUUGGGAGAAUCAUCUAUUCGCUAAUUGAGCACAACUAUUGGACUCGUGGCAGCGAUGGUGGCGAUGAGGCACGUUGUGUCCUUUCAUUCCCUCCCACUGUCGCACCCACGAAAGUCCUCCUUGUCCCUCUCUCCGGCCACGAGAGCUUCAAGCCUCUGGUCAAGUACCUGUCACUCAAGCUCCGCAAGCUUGGUGUGUCCAGCCGAGUUGACGACUCUUCAGCCUCAAUUGGCAAGCGAUAUAGCCGAAAUGAUGAAUUGGGUACACCCCUUGGUAUCACAAUCGACUUCCAAAGCGUUCAGGAUAAGACGUACACAUUGCGAGAUCGUGACUCCACGAAGCAAGUUCGGGCCGACGAAGCAACGAUCCUGGCUGCUAUCAAAUCCCUGGUUGAGGGUGAAAAGGUUUGGGCUGAUGUCGAGAAGGAAUUACCCGCGUUCGAAGGUCAAGAAGCAGAAGUCCCUGUCCGCUAGCUACGUUUUCUUCCUUAAAUCUUCAGAAAGGCCGUCAGAUAAGAAAUCUUGAAGGGUUUUGCGAUUGUGUAUUACUCAGAACUUAUUCUGGCAUGUUAUAGAUUAUUGAAGAGUAUCAAAAGCAUAUGUCAAAG